AUGGGCCUCACACUCACUAUUCUUCUUCCUCCCCCAUUCCUCAAUCUCACGACAACAGCCCCUCUCUCUCCCCUCUCUCCCCCGUCGCGGCCGAUCCACCGCCCUACCAGCGCCGCCGGAGCGGCGGCGCUCCUUUCUCCCUCCCUUCUCUCCCUCUCAUCUCUUCUCUCUUCUCUUCACCGCACCGCCGCCGUUGCCGAAGCGGAUCCGCCUCCGUCGCCCACCUUCCCUCCCCCACUUCUUUCCUCUCCCUCGGUUCCCCCUUCACCGACGGCAUGCAGGUGCAGCGGCUUCGCCGCCCUCCUCCCGGCAGUCCGGCCGUCUCCGGACAGCAACGGAUCGGUGCUCCCUCUCUCCCUUCUCUCCCUCUCCUCGCUUCUCUUCUCCCCCUCGGCUAUGCUCGCGCCGCCAAUCCGCCGCACCGCCGACGCCUCUGCGGAUCCGCCACCGUCGCGGAUCCGCGCCCGCCGUCGCCGAGAACUUCCCCCAGCCGCCGACGUCGUUCCCGACAGAUUUGUCAAGGUUGUGCUAUUGGCAGUUGCUAGGGUGUUGGGCUGCCCUCAUCGUCUCUAGGCUGCCGAGAAUCUGUCUCCGGCAGAUUCAUACCCAAGAGAUAAGUUUUCCUAAUUUUUGCUUACUUUAGUUUGUCUAUUAUAUAGAUUGGAAGACUUUGAGUAAUUAUCUUGCUAUUUGGAAGAUCUGACGGUGAAACACUACUUAAUAAAUGUGGUUUCUGAUCUUACAUGGGAAAAUUCUAUUCUCAGUUUAAUAUGCAGUUUAAUAUGCAUAUGCUUGUACAUAUGUGAAAGAAAAGAAAAGGAUUUGGUGUUUACCUUUUUGUGUGGGAACAAAAGUGGUGUUGGAUUGUAGACUUGAUCCUACAAUUAUAUGCAACUCCCCCGUCUCUGAUUCUUGUUCUCCCGUUCAAUUCGUUGAUGUGUGUUUGAAGAGAAGGUUUGGGACAUCUAGUGGUGAUGUAUGUGAGUGAAAGUAAGUGAUUUGGUGAUGUAUGUGAGUGAAAGUAAGUGAUUUGGUGAUGUAUGUAUCUUUAUAAAAGAUGGCAAGUGGCAAGUAUAUCUUUCAAAUAUUCUGUCAGAGAUAUGAUGAUAUCUACUGCAAAUCCAUCAUUUAAUGUUGUAUUUGAAAAGGUCGAUCCUCUAGGAUCUACCCACUCUCUUUUUUUUUAUUAAAUUAAUUAUUUGCGUAUUUGUUCACUUGUUCGUUUAAUUUGGUGUAGGUAAAACGCAGUUUAAGUUCGUGGCUUUGGUGUAGGAAAACAAAUAACAUCCAUAGUCUUCCUUGAUGAUGUACCAGACUUUCUUGGAGUACGAACACGGGCUGCGUGAACUUUUCCCUAAUUGUAAUAGAUAAGGAUUUGAUAAAUUUAUAUAAUAGUAAUUUAGCGGACUUCGAGAUA